CGGCGGCAGUGGUGAGGCGAGGCCAUGGCGGCCCCCGCGCGGCCCUGGAGCCCGGAGCAGCUGCGCAGCGACGAGCUGCCCAAGCGGGACAUCGUCCGCUUCCUGCAGGAGCAGGCGGCACACCGGUUCCUUGCAGAGCACAAAUUACUGGGGCAGAUAAAAAACGUGGCGAAGACGGCCAGUAAGGAUCAGUUAAUCACAGCAUAUAACCAGCUCUUUGAAACAAAGAGCUUUAAAGGCACAGAGAGCCCAGAGCAUGUUGCAGAAGAGGUGAAAAAUAUCAAGAUUGACGAAGGCAAGCCCAAAGAGACAAAGCCUGAGGAAAUUGUUGAUGAGGGCCCUGCAAAAUAUACGAAGUCAAUUCUGAAAAAAGGGGAUAAAAUCAACUUUCCCAAAAAGGGUGACGUUGUUCACUGCUGGUACACAGGGAAGCUGCAAGAUGGAACCGUCUUCGAUAGUAAUAUCCAGACCAGUUCAAAGAAAAAGAAAGCCUCAAAACCGCUGAGCUUCAAAGUUGGCGUUGGAAAAGUGAUCCGAGGCUGGGAUGAAGCUUUGCUGACAAUGAGCAAAGGGGAGAAGGCUCACCUGGAAAUAGAGCCAGAAUGGGCGUAUGGGAAGAAAGGGCAGCCUGAUGCCAAGAUUCCACCAAAUGCAAAACUUUUCUUUGAAGUUGAACUGGUAGACAUCGACUGAUGGAUCUCUCCGCUCUUGUCUUGGAUAACCGCAGAUGUUCUUGAACCCAAAUGUGGCCUUGUAUCUUAUACAGGGAGGUGGGGGUGGGGUGGGGAGGCUUUUAAUGUAAUUGCUGUACAACAUCCAUAUUACUAAAGACUGGCUGAAAUGUG